AAAGUUACGCGGCCUCGGAAGACGUCUCUCGAACUAAACGUCCCAGGGUGCUUUGCGCCCCCGAGCGGACAGUGCGGCCACUGCGGCCACUGCGCCUGCGCCCGCGCGGCCGGUUCCCUGCGUCGGGGAGGCUGCAGUCCUCGCUGGAGCCGGCGCGGCAGGGACCGGGCGAGGCUCGACCGCCCCCGCAGCCGCCGAGCCACGGAAGGAUGUGGGUGUUUGGUUACGGGUCCCUGAUCUGGAAGGUGGACUUCCCCUAUCAGGACAAGUUGGUCGGAUACAUCACAGGCUACAACAGGCGCUUCUGGCAGGGAAGCACCGACCACCGCGGGGUCCCCGGCAAGCCUGGAAGAGUUGUGACUCUUGUUGAAGAUCCUGGGGGUUGUGUAUGGGGUGUUGCUUAUAGACUGCCAGUAGGAAAGGAAGAAGAAGUAAAAGCAUACCUUGACUUCAGAGAGAAAGGAGGCUACAGAACCACAACAGUCCUUUUUUAUCCAAAAGAUCCCACAACAAAACCAUUCAGUGUGUUGCUAUAUAUUGGAACAUGUGAUAAUCCUAAUUACCUUGGUCCUGCACCUCUUGAAGACAUUGCUGAACAAAUUUUUAAUGCAUCUGGUCCAAGUGGAAGAAAUACAGAAUAUCUUUUUGAACUUGCAAAUUCUAUGAGGAAUCUUGUGCCAGAAGAUGCAGAUGAGCAUCUUUUCUCUUUGGAAAAAUUAGUAAAGGAACGUUUAGAAGGAAAACAGAACCUCAAUUGCUUAUAAAGACCUAAUCACUGCCUUUUCCAAACAAGCAGAGCUUUUAGUCUUCAGAGAAUAGCUUCAUGCACACUGGCAAUAUGAUUUGGAAAGACGUUUACUUGAAUGUCUUAUUUAUUUUUAAUGUUGUAGUCAAGAUAUGAUCAAAAUGUGCAGUUUAAUUGCAAGUAUCCUGAAACAUGUAAAUAUUUAAAAUACUGAGAUACAGUUAAAGAAAAAAAUCCAAGUUUUAAUAAUAUAAUGGUUUCCUAACUAUAUGAUAUUGAACACUUGCUCAUGAGAAGUGAGUUCUUUAGAAAAAUGCAAUGAAGGACUCAGUUCAGAGCUUGUUUUUAUCAGAGUAAAUAUAAUUCUGUUGUUUCAUAUCACAGUAGUAUUUUGAAGUUGUAGAGAAUUAAGCCAAAGUCCAGCAAAUAUAAUAAGGUAAUACCUUCAGUCUAUUUCCUAUAUAAUAAUUCUGUAACCAUGGUUUAAAAUAUACAAGCUUAAAAUAAUGUGUAAUUAGAAAUAUGUGGUAAUAUAGACAAGAUUUCAGCCUCGAUUAUGAACUUCCUUGUUCAGGUAGUAAAUAAAACUCUUUCCAAUUUAAGUCCAAAAG